AUGUAUUUGUUGAAUAACUGCUUAACGCCCCAACAACAGCUGUUGUUAGCACUGCGCUAUUACGCCAAUAGAAGUUUUUUAGCUGUUGCUGGUGAUUUUGCUGGGCUUUCCAAAUCAACUGCAUCCAAAACAGUCCGAAGAGUCUCGAAAGUACUAGCGAGUAAGAGAAGUAAUUACAUAAAAAUACCGGACACUCCUGAGGCUCUUGCCAAAGCAAAGCAAUCCUUUUAUAACAUAGCUAGGUUUCCUCGAUGCAUAGGUGCAAUUGACUGCACGCACAUAAAAAUUGUUUCUCCCGGAGGAAGCCAUGCAGAGCUCUUCAGAAAUCGAAAGCAGUUUUUUUCACUGAACGUGCAAACUGUUUCUGACGCAGAUUUGAAGCUGUGUAAUAUUGUAUGUCGGUGGCCUAGGUCAGCCCACGAUUCAUACAUUUUGACAAAUUCUCAGCUCUGCAGACAAUUUGAAUCAGGUCACUUUGGAAACUCUUUGUUGGUUGGUGACAAAGGUUAUCCUAUUAAACGCUAUUUGAUGACACCGUUAAAUACAACUACAACUCCUGCUGAAGAAUUAUACAAUGAAUCUAUCAUUCGUACUCGCAAUGUUAUGGAGAGAAGCUAUAGAGUUUGGAAAAGAAGAUUUCCCUCUCUAGCUAUGGGUCUCAGAGUUCAUCUUGAUACAGCUCAAGCAAUUACUGUAGGAACAGCAGUGCUACAUAAUAUUGCUUGUUCUAAUAAUGAAGCUAUGCCCCCUAUUAGUCCUGAACAGGAAAAUGCUAUUAACAUGGUUUAUGUAGAUAAUGUGGAGACAGAUCCUGUAAAUAUUAGGUUGCCACAAAAUGCAAUCAACAAUGUUAUAAGAACUUACCUUAUUAAUAAUUAUUUUGCAAAUUUAUUGAAAAUAAGAAAAAUAUUAAUAUACUGGAUAAUCUCCAACUUGAGGCACGCCGCUGACUUGGCGUCGCAGGAAAAAAGACCACGUAAAAAUUGGUCUGAUCGCAUAUAUGGGCGCAGAAUACCCCAAUCUCCUUCUAGAGAGCUCGCAACGCCGCCUAGUGAGCAAAACGAAACGCUCGAUGCUGUUCCCUAUUUAGUUGCCACUCAUGUGUCUGGGGAAUUCCCUGCUCUCCCAAUUCUCAGAUGUAUCUGGAAAGACGGGGACUGUAUGAAGGAUGAAGGUCCCAAAAGAAUCUGA